AUUCACGCGAGAGAAUGGAUAGCGCCGUCCACUGCUCUUUUCAUUGCAAAUAAGUUAAUCACUUCAACCGAUAUCGAAAUAAAAAAUUUGCUAAAUGUGUACGACUUCUACAUAAUGCCGAGCGCUAAUCCCGAUGGAUAUGAAUACUCGCGAACAUCGGACAGAAUGUGGAGAAAAACCCGAUCUAAUAAUCCGUCGUUUUGGGGUCUAUUUUGUCGUGGAGUCGACCCAAACAGAAACUAUGGCUUUCAUUGGGGAAGCGCUGGAAGUAGUUCUUACCCGUGUUCGGAGACAUAUCACGGAAAGGCCCCCUUUUCUGAACCCGAAACUAAAGCCAUAUCUGAUUACAUAUUAUCAAAGAAGGACAACAUUAAAAUGUAUAUCGCAAUGCAUUCAUAUUCCCAAUUCAUACUAACGCCA